UUACCUGUCUGUGACUACUACCUUCCUAGAGAAUGGAGUGAUGACAGAAGAUUUUGUCAUAUUCCGGUGAAGGCCACCUGCAAGUCUGCAACACCAACAUAUUCCUUCAUUGUACAGAUUGAGAAUUCACUUCUUUAAUCCAUGCUUUGUACAUUCAAAUUCAAAACUCUUUUAGUUUGACUAUGCAUUCUACCUAUGCUACUCCAUGGCAGAAUUGCCGCUACUGCCCAAUUCCUAGUGGGUUUAACUCUCCCCAUUCUCUUCUUAUCCCUAAGAAAACCAUCCGCCUCACUCUCCGUUCAGUCUCCUCCGCGACCACGCACAGCUGCAGUACGGAGCGCGUAAAGCAAAAUCACCCCCGAAAUUCUGAAGACCCAGUUCGAGAAAACCCCGUGGCUUAUCAAGAUUACAGCUUUUCUGUCGAUGAGCAAGAUAUACAUCAGGAAGAGGACGAUAGAGAACCCGAGAGGGGAUUCACGAAUUCUUUGGUCUCUUUAGUAAAGAUGUGGUGGGCAGCCUUAAAAGCUGCAUUGGGGCAGAGGAUUAACGUGGAGGGUGUUAUUUCUUCUCUGGGAAUUUUUGCUAAAGACAAGUAUUUGGUGAUCCCGCAUAUUGCUGUGCCUGAUAUAAGGUACAUUGAUUGGGCUGAGCUCAGAAGAAGGGGCUUUGAAGGGGUCGUCUUUGAUAAGGACAACACCAUCACUGCUCCUUACUCUUUGCGCUUGUGGACGCCUCUGGGAUCAUCCAUAGAGCAGUGCAAAGCUCUGUUUGACAACAACAUUGCGGUUUUCAGUAACUCUGCAGGACUAUUAGAGUAUGACGCCGAUUAUAGAAAUGCAAAGAUCCUUGAGCGUGCUAUUGGAAUUAAAGUAAUCAGACAUAAGGUGAAGAAGCCUGCGGGAACAGCGGAAGAAAUCGAAAGGCAGUUUGGUUGUGACUCCUCAAAACUUAUUAUGGUAGGUGAUCGGCCUUUCACAGACAUUGUUUAUGGAAACAAAAAUGGUUUCCUAACUAUUUUGACUGAGCCGUUGAGUCUUACUGAGGAACCUUUCAUUGUAAAGCAGGUAGCUGCAUUCUUUAAACUUCUUUCAUUUGUAGGUGUUCUAACUUAUUGUAAGUGAACAUAAAAUUGGUCAAAUGGAUAUUCUAUUGUUUCUUCAUUUAUUCAUAUUUUAUGUGAAAAUGUGGAUGAAGGGGUUUUCUCCAUGCACUAUGUGGCCUUGGGUAUUUUAUAUUUUAUCUUCAAUUCCAUGAUACCUUUAGUUAGUGCAGGGCUGCAGGCUUUGCAGUCUAGAUAUGUAAUUUUGUUAUUCAAUGAGUUAUAUCUUGACAGUUGGUAUCCACAACUCUUUGGGAUAGCCCUAAGGCUCUAGUUUGUCACUUUCCAGUCGAGAACCUUACCCAGUUUGCUUCAGAUAAGCGUUAGUUCAGUGUGAAAAAGAUACAAUCGUUUUUGCCAAUUUGCAACAUAAUGACUUACAUUUUUAGUAAUGGAGUGAAGUCCUGACACAUUUUUUUGUCCUUGGGUUGAACCAUUGAUCGGAAACGCUGUCAAAGUCGAGAUCUUAGCUAGGAUCUGAUAGGUUUAGAGAUUUGUAACUCGUGAAUUUUUAUAUCUUGGACUCCUAGCUAAAAUAACUUUUUAUUUGUAAAUUAUAUAUAACAGCUUAUAAUUAGACAUAGAAGGGGGGAAAUUAUAUGAAUGCUGAGUAAGAAAAAUUAGUCUGGGUUGAAGAAAUCAAUGGAGAUAGAGAGAAGAGAGAGAGAGAGGAAGAAGAAAAAUUCUUACCAGUUUGUCAAGCACUAGUCCAGUAUGUGAGUCCCAGAGUACAAUCUGAAGAUCAAUUACUAAUAAACAAUGGCUAAAAGCGAUGAAUCUAAAGAAGAAGCAUGAAAAUAUAUGAUGAGUUGAUGACAUAAUGAAAGAGGCUUCAACAUUUCUAGGUUUGCAAUACUUUUUCUUCCGGUUUUUUGGAUCUGGGAUUUUGGGUAUUUGACAAAUGGGUCAAAUGUUUCACGGAUCGACCAGUUGCUAGAUUUCAAAUUACAGUGGUGGAAAUAUAGCAUCUUACCAUAUAAAAUACCUGAAGAAUGGUGGGUAUGUUGCUUCAAGGAGCAGCCAUAUGGCUGAGCUUUUGCCAUCUUCAAUUGAUAACACUGGGGUUGACACAAAUGACAAAACAACGAUACGUUGAUCUUAUGAUCGAACCCGGCGCUCCUAAGCGAGUGCAGAAUUUUAGUUGUGAAAUAUCUAGAUCACCUUGGGCAGAUUUAUCUGAUUGAAGCGAGAUAGUUUCAUUGAAUAGCUUGAGUACAAAUAGGCUUUUAAGCUAAGUAUUUAAAUAUGGAAGGUUUCUUUCAUCAUGUACUAGCCAAUUAAAUUUUUUACCCAGUUCGGUCCUCUCGCAUCGCUGUUUCUCGUACCAUACUGUUUCUCAAUCAAAAUAAACCUGCUGCCCAUCACUUGUCGGUGGAUUGGGUAACCGUAACUAUCUAGUUAUCAUUGCUUAUCCUCAUCCUCCCUGACCUCUUUUCUAGCAAGACUUAUUGGGUUUGUUUUGUUUACGCAGCCUUCUGUGGCUUGAUGCCUUAAUGACUCAUUAUCUGUUAUCGUUAAUCCCCUGGCUCAUCAUAAGCUUACGUGACAAACCUCAGAAUAUCGGGCCAAAUAUAUCACUCGAAUGCUACAUAUUUUAGGUAUUUAGUAUCAUGCUAAUAUGCUAUCUAUGUGAUUCUUAACGGUAGUAGUUAACCAUUAGUUAAGAAGGAUACUGGAGUGAGAGUCUUUCAAGCAUUUGGUAUCUUUAUGCAAAAUAUGGAGAUCUAGUUAAAAGGAUAGGAGAGGUAUGUGUAAUGUGGAUGGUAAUCUCCAUAUUUUGCCAUCUGUCACGUAUUAACUCUGCAUUAGCAUUGUCAUCAGACCGGUCUGUAUAUAUGAUAAGAACCUCCAAGAAUCCCGAACAGUUUUCAGAAAGAUUACAAGAAAACAAUUGAACACUUUAUUGAUUGAAGAGCAACGAUUACAGAAAGAUGAAAGAAACUAUGGCCGAAGCGCCCAAUGAGCCGAAGCCCCCCAAAGAAAGAGACAGUUCUCGAUCUUCCCAGUCCCAGACUAAACGUCUAAACAGCCUCCUUACUAUUCCCAACUUAUUUCUAUUUAUACUAGUCUAUUACACUUAUUAAUAUUCUUGGUCUAUUAGGCCCAAUUCUUAACAAUCUAUUAGGCCCAAUUCCUAAGAUAGGUAGAUCCCUAUCAAUAUACAUCAAAAUGUUAAGACUAUUAAGAAAUAUCAAAUGGACAAGAUCAGUAUGGAAAAGAUGUGUAGGUUUAGAUGGAUGUGUAGUAAUCUUUUGGGAGUAAGGCUUGGAUGUUGUUGUUGCAUGUCCCAUAAUGUUCUUUCUUCUUUCGGUUUUGGGAUGUCUGGAAUUUUCUUCAAUUUCCCUUUAACGAAAGAUUUGUGUGGUUGGUAUCAUUUAUCUGGUUUUUACAUCAACCACAGCUAUACUAUUUCACUGUCCUAAUACCUGAAGAAUGGUGGGUAUGUUGCUUUAACGAGGUGCCAUAUGGCUGAGCUUUUGACAUCUUCGAUUGCUAACACUGGGGUUGACACAAAACAACGAUACAUUGAUCUUAUGAUCGAACCCGGCGGUCCAAAGCGAGUGAAGAAAUUUUCAUCCUAGUCGUGAUCCAAAUCAGUCAGGGUAAUUGAAAGGGCCAUUGUGUAUCGGUGGUCGGUGAAAGGAGUGCAUCCAAUAAGUCAUAAACUCGUUUCUGACUGCAGGCAAUGUGUAAAAGACAAACCAACAUAGACAGCAGAAUGGUACGGAGUAGAAGUUCCGUUUAGAGGACAAUCAUCUAAUUAACAACUGUAACUUGCCCCCUUUUUUUGUCUCUAUUGGUAGUCUGUAUAGGCUGAAAAGGCAUGAAAGCAUUUCUUCAGUUCAGAACUCAAAGAAUUGCAAUGAAAUGAAUAUGAAUGAAUUGCUCCAAUUAUACUUUCCUAAGUGAUGUGUUUGGAAGAAAUAGUGAUACUACCUACUCGAGCU